AUGUCUUUUACCCCGACUAAAUACGAACUAAAACUGACUGUUGAUUUCAAUGAAAAUACCUUUAUUGGAAAUGUUAAAAUUCACGUGGAAGUUACUGACCCAGUGAAGGAAUUCGAUUUGAAAAUGUCAAAAGAUCUGGAAAUCGAAAGGAUUGCUUUCUGGCAGGCUGAGUUCAUUACCAGAGGAAAUCCUCAAAUGGAUGGAAAGGUGAUUUUCGAUAUUGAAAAGAAAGACGAUUCAAUUCAUGUCCCACUUUAUGAUGAGAUCACUUCUGAAUCCAUCAAAGAAGAAGGGUAUAUUGAGGUGGAUUACAAGGGAAAAGUUGGAGAAAAGGGAGCUAAUAAGGGAUUGUUCUUGAUCAAUUCAUCUGACUAUGAAACCAAUUUGGAGAAUGGAAACGCCAUUCAUCUCUUCCCAAUUCUUGAAGACGUCGCUGCUCCAUUGACUCUUUCUGUCAUUACUCCGUAUCGUGCUGGAGUGGAGACAACAUUGAAGGCUGGGGAGCACGCGAGUAUACCAGAAAAGGAAUUAAUCUCGAACAAUUUCAACAGUGGAGACGAGAAAGUAAAAAUUUCAGAGUUGUACUUCCAGAUUAAUGCUCCAACACCUCUGAUCUUGGAUUAG